UCUCGCCCGGUCGCGGCAUCGUCCUCCUCGCCGCCCUAUGGAGACGCACGAUCACCGGGCUCUACCGAUCGAUCCUCCGCACCACGGGACGUGUCGCACGCAAAAAAGCACGCACCACCCGCCGCGUGUGUCCACCGCACAACCGACAGUUAUGAGAUGGACCGGUGUUAAUUGCCGCACGUCUUUUGCAUACUUUUCGAUAAUCGCAAUUCGAUUGCGCCAACAGCCGCCAACGCUUUCGAUUCGUCGCGCGGGAUCAUCACGUGACCGUCCCGAUUGUUCGACUGCGCAGAGCUUCAAGUCGUUGGAUCAAGUCGCUCGUCUCGUCGAUCACCUCGGCAGAAUGAUCGCCUCGCUCGCACGAAUUGGCAGCUCUAAGACUUGUUUGUGCAGAAAUAUCAAUUGCUGGACAGCAGCGAUUACAAAGAAGCACAGACCUGUAUAUGAACGGACUUAUCCUACAACACUUGUCUUUUCUGAUGGGAGUAGCAUAGAGAUUCAGUAUCAUGAGCCACGGAAGAUAAUAGUUCUACCUCUGAAUCUCGCAGAACUCACAGAGGCGGAACAGAAGAAAAGACUUGAAAUGCGCAAGCCAAAAACGAAAAUAGUCAUAGCUGAGGAAAUCGAGGACAGCUUCGAUGAGAAUAGGUAUCUCAAUCUUAAUAAAUGAUUACAUGGCGUUUGUGAAAUUUGAAUUUUUAUGUAUACUUGGAGAAAAAGUUACUUGAUUUAAAUAAAUAUUAUUAAUACUAUUUCAAUACUUUACAUCAAACCAGUAAUAUUUACUAUAAACAAGUAAUAUAUUCAUUCAUCUGAUAUAAAUAAGAGUUAUUUGAAUAGUACUAAUAACAUAUUUAUUUGAAUUAAGUAAUCUUUUUUUAUGAGAAUAUGUUAUUUAUCCAAAUAAUAACAAUAUAUAUUAAUAAAAAUAUAUAUUAACUCGUUGAAACGUUUACAUAAGGGCCAUUUUAUUUUUGUGUAAUGUUCAUCAAUAAUUCAUCAAUAAUUAUGCAUUCAUUUUUUGUUUAGUAUAACUGAUAUAAGUACUGUUACUAGAAACUAUUGUGAUAUAUAUACAUAUAUAUUAAAAAAAAUAUAUAUAGUACAUAAUCAUCUUUAUAAUUAUUGGACAAUAUUGUGAAUUGUACUUAUGAUAAAAUAUGAAAUGUUAUAUCAAUAGUGCGCACUGAUAUAAGCAAGGUUUUGUAAAUACAGGUAGUAUUUCCAAUCUUUAUAAUAGCACAUUAAAAAUGUUAAAAAUACAAUUCUAUACAACGCGAA